AUGCCGCCUAAACUCGUCCCUGUCCUCAGGGUGAAACAAUUUCAAGAUGAGAUCAGUAAAACGAAGAACAAGCGCAAGGCUAAGGACAACGUCAAACGUGUCGCUGAACCCUACAACAAGAUCAAAGACGGAAUGCCCCAGGUUGCGCUGGACAAGCUUAUCGAUUUUCUGUCAACAGAAAACUGGGUAACAUCUGACACCAGACCAAGCCAGUACCGACUUUACAAGAUCAUGAAGGGUCAUGGACGUACAAGCCAGAAGCUUCACUUUGGCAUGUGGGUAGUUGUUUCGGCCAUCUGGCCUAACAAGCCUGUUUUCCCUGGAACAAGCCCAUGGUUCCCGCCUGGCCUGUCCGAUGAGACUAUUAAAGACAAAUGGGACGGGAAUGUUCCUCAGCCUAUUAAAACAAAGGAGGACAACAAGAGCAAGAAGGGAAAACAGGGAAAGAACGUCAAAGAUUCCGAUGAUGAAGACAAUGAAGAGUCUAAUGACGAAGACAUCGAAGAGUCUGACAAUGAAGAGGACAGGGAGCCUAAAGACAAAGAGGGCAAAGCAUCUGACAACACUAAUACUGGUGAGAAAGGAAAGAAGCGAAACGCAGAUCUUUUAGAUGAGGCUCAGGAGAUCGAGAGGCUUUCUACACCAAAGAAACAGAAAACAGGCAGCGAGGCCAUCCAUAUCGACCUCGACAAGGAAAACGAACCUGAUCUCGACAAACUGAACGCUAAGCAAAUGAAGGCACUAAUCCUUACAACAAAGCAAAAACUACACCAGGCAAGAGAAAGGUAUUUGGAGUCUGUUAUUCAACAGAAUACUGAUUCCGAUAACGACAAGCUCAAGAAACCGUACUCGGAAAACAGGGAUCUUAAUGACAUUAAGUUAAAGCAGUCCCAACUUAUCGAAAAUUUCAAAAACAGGAUCCAGAAGCAGGAUGAUGAUUUGUCUAACACCGAGGCCCAACUCAGCAUUGCCCAGUCAAAACAGGAGGACGCCGAGAUUGAACUCAGAGAAACCAAGUCUCAGCUCGAAGACAUCUCGACUACACUUCAGGACAUCAGGGUCCAAUCCAGCGCCAAUUCAAACCAUGAGGACCUCGAGGCCAAACUCAAAGACACUGUUUCCCAGCUCGAUGUUGCCAAGUCAAAACAGAAGGAUGCCGAGGCUAUGGUCAGAGCCACUGUGUCCCAGCUCACCCAGGCCCACGAUACCGAACGGAUUCUUCGGCGACAGAUCAUGACCUUACAAGACACGGUCAGGGGCUGGGAAGCAGCAUCAACCCAGGCCCCGGGGGCAGAUGCGGGCACUCUCGCCCUAUCACUCCAUGGAAUGUCCACACAAAUGGCAGAGAGGUUCAACCGGGUAGAAAACGCCAUGGUAGAACUCGCAAAGAAAGGACAGGACGGGUUUGAUACUAUGACAAAGCAGCUGUCCAAGAAGGACAAGCGAUUGAAUGCAGUUUUAAAGGGAAUGCAUGGGAUUCUGAUUUUGUUUUCGGGCAUGCCAGGGGUAUAA